UUUGUAGUACGCGUAGCCUCCCCCCCUCUCCUCCCCUCCAAACAUAGCCUGCCCACAAAACGCAUCCAUCCCUCUCGCUUAUAUAUAGACCCCACCUCUCCUCCCCUCACCCCCACCGUCCCACCUCCCUCUCUCUCGCUCCUGCCGUGCUUUCUCUCUCUAACUACAAGCGUGCCCGCCGGCCAUGGGGUUCCCCUCAGUGUGCUACUGCGUCAUCCUGCCGCAGCCGCUCAUCCUGGUGCUGCAGCUGCUCGACUUCCUCCGCCACGCGGUCCUGCUCUGCCUCUCCUCGCUCGGCCUCGCGGCGCCGCCGGCGGCCGACGACCACCCGGCCUACGCGCCGCCGCCGGACCUCUGGGCCGUGGCGGAGGCAGCGGCUCCCUCGUCCUCUUUAUCCCUGGCAUCCGGGCCGGCGCCCGCGCCGGCGGCCAUCAAGGCGCGCCUCCCCGCCGUCCGGUAUGCUGACCUCAAGAGCCGGCGCUGCGCCGCCGGGGCCGCGGCGGCGUCGACCUGCUGCGCCGUGUGCCUGGGCGCGCUCGAGGCGCGGCACCGCGUCCGCGAGCUCGGCAACUGCGCGCACGCCUUCCACAAGGCCUGCAUAGACAAGUGGGUCGACAAGGGUCAGGCUACUUGCCCCCUCUGCCGCGCGCUCCUCCUCCCCACCGACGCCGACGCCGGCAAGCUGCCCUCUUUUUCCUUCUGACCUCACGCUCCAAGGAGCGACCCUUCUGCCGCUGCGGCCUCGCCGCCAGAGAUAGGUCAGUCCGUAUAGCUAGCUAGCUAGGCCCUUCUCCAUCCAUCCGCCCAUCUCUCCACGGAUCCAUGCUUUCACGAGAGAAAUCAAAAGGGGAUGAGAGAGAGAGAGAGAGAGAGAGAGAGAGAGAGACAGAGCGAGAAGAAGAGGUGUGCGUGCGUGUGUGUACGUUUGUGUGGUGGAGUAUUAUUGGUAGGUGAGGCACUAAUUAUGAGGAGGACAGGGAUGGCUACCUGCAUUGGAUCUGGUGAAUGAGCACUAUGCAUAGCACUUGCAGAUCCAUAUGCUCUUCUCUCUCUUUUUCAGCUCCUCUUCAACCUCACCCACUUCACUUUUUUAAUCUUCUUUUUUGUAAUUUCCUUCCCCUUCUCCUUUUCUUUUCUCCUUUUCUAUUAACUUAUUUUAUGAGGGGAAUUAAGAGAGAGAGAUCAAGAAAGAGAGAUGUACAUAGCUGCCUCCACUUGACAAUAUCGAAGAAUGAAUAAGAAUUGUCUGACAUCACUCAACUUAUCUUA